AUGUCAACUGGAGAAGCUUCAGAAGCUGCUGCCGAUCCAGAUGUCUACUUCGUUUUGCAGUCAAGCGAUGGGCAGGAAUUGAAGAUUUCUUCCCUGGCGAGUCAACAAUCGAAGACUCUCAAGAAUCUUCUAGCCAGUUUUCACGACGGAGCCGACUUCAAUGAGGUCAUUUCAAUGGACAACAUCAAAGAGGCCACUCUGCUCAAAAUCAUCGAAUGGUGUGAGCACAACAGAGGCGAACCGGUUCCGGAUCACGACGAGGACCCUAAGCCUGGUUCAGUCCGAUUUUCGGAGUGGGACAAGGAAUAUUUAGAAAUUGACUGCUCGCAAUUGUUCGAUUUGAUUGUCGCUGCCGACUAUCUCAACAUCAGAAAGCUCCUCGUCUACGCAACCAAUAAAGUGGCUCUGAUGGGAAAGGGAAAGUCUCCAGAACAAAUGCGUGUCACCUACAUGAUUCCAACUGACGAGGAAGAUGAGGCUGCGGAGAAGGCUGCUGCCGAAAAGAAGAAAGCCAAGGAGGCUGAACGAGCUGCUGCUGCGGCUGCUGGAGAGACUGGACCAUCUGCUUCUGGAGCCGAGGCUGCUGCUGGAGCCAAGGACGCUUGA